UGGGGGCACGUUUCCGGAACGGACCGGGGAAAGGAAGUGUGUUACUUUAUCGAGGGCACCCACUCCCGGCUUCCGCGGGGAUGGUGCAGGGUGCUUCGUGUCACUGCUUCCCCGGCCUGGCCUGAGCACUUGGGUCUCCGGUGAAGGGCGGAGGUAGCCGCAGGCUCGGGACCUGCUUGUUUCUCUGGCGGACACCACGGGCUGACCGUGGUCGCUGCUCUUUGGCUGCUCUUGCUGACCUUGGCCCAGGGUCGGAGCCGAUGGCGUCUUGGGCCGCUGUCAGCCUAAGCAGAGUUCCUGCCCGGUGCUUGUGGGCGCAAGGCCCCGGUGUCCGGGCGGCUCUUCCGUCCACCCUCGCGGCCUCCCAGCCUGAGCCCACGGGCUGCAACCCCGCUCCGGGCAGGACGCUGCACCUCAGCGCGGCGGUCCCCGCAGGGCACAACAAGUGGUCCAAAGUCCGGCAUAUCAAGGGUCCCAAGGAUGCCGAAAGGAGUCGCAUCUUCUCCAAGCUCUGUUUGAGCAUCCGCCUGGCGGUUAAAGAAGGAGGCCCCAACCCUGAACUCAACAGCAGUCUGGCCAACAUCUUAGAGGUGUGUCGCAGCAAGCACAUGCCCAAGUCAACGAUUGAGGCAUCACUGAAAAUGGGGAAAACCAAGGAUGUUUAUUUGCUGUAUGAGGGCCGAGGCCCUGGUGGCUCUUCCCUGCUCAUUGAGGCAUUAUCCAACAGUGGCUCCAAGUGCCAUUCAGACAUCAGACAUAUCCUGAACAAGAACGGGGGAAUGAUGGCUGAUGGAGCUCGCCACUCCUUUGACAAAAAGGGGGUGAUCGUGGUUGGAGUGGAGGACCGAGAGAAGAAAGCCGUGAACCUAGAGCGUGCCCUGGAGAUGGCAAUUGAAGCAGGAGCUGAAGAUGUCAAGGAAACUGAAGACGAAGAGGAAAAGAACAUUUUUAAAUUUAUUUGUGAUGCCUCUUCACUGCAUCAAGUGAGGAAGAAGCUGGACUCGCUGGGCUUGUGUUCUGUGUCCUGUUCGCUAGAAUUCAUCCCCAACACAAAAGUGCGGCUCGCUGACCCCGACCUGGAGCAGGCUGCCCUUCUCAUCCAGGCUCUUGGCAACCACGAGGAUGUGAUCCAGGUCUAUGACAACAUUGAGUAACCAGGCUGUAUGUGCCCAUGAGGUCCUUCCUAGGCAACUGGCAGCCCUUUCUGGAGCACAGGCUUUUGCAGCGUACUCUGAGACUGAAGCAGAUUGGAGACCUAGCAGCUUAGGAGACACAAAACCAAGACCUGCAGCCCUUUGAGGCCAAGGGAAUCACUACAUCUCUGUGGGGCCUCUUCGUCAGUUCUGCUGAUGUCUCAUAGCCCUCCUGGAUGCAGGGUGGAAACAGCCAGCUAAUCAGACUCUGAUCUCAGGGAAGGAUAGGUGCCCUGAGGACCCAUGUACUAUAAACUACUUUUUUUUUUUUUUUUUUAAGAGAGAGAGAGGGAGAAUGCCUGAGCAAGGUAGAGGGGCAGAGGGAGAGAGAAUCUCAAGCAGGCUCCACGCUCAGCAUGGAGCCUGACACAGGGCUCAGUCCCACAAAUGACCUGAGCCGAAAUCAAGAGCCAGAUAAUCAACUGAGCCACCCAGGCACCUCAGAAGCUACUCUUAAAUAAGGUGAUUGAAAAAAAAAAAAAAAAAAAGGUGAUUGAUGUGGGUUGCUGCACUGCUAUUGUGUGGGUCUUCUGUUUUCCUGGGUUUUUGUCCAGCUGUUGGAACCCUCUUGACUUCCUUUGACAUCUAUGGGUUUAGUUCCACUACUCCAGAACUUUUUUUUUUUAAUUGACCAAAGAAAUGUAGCUCUCUUUGGGUACUACUCUGUGCUCUAAUGCUGGUUUAAUGGCCUAAACCUGUCACUGAUCAUGCAAAUAGUAUUUGUCAAACACCUGUGUACCAAGACCUGUACUUACCAGGAGUACAGGCUAUUUAUUUGGUGCCCUGAGUUAGAUCCUGCCCUAAAGCAUAAGACCUCAGAGGUCAGACACAGGACUUCUGUCUGCUGGAGCUAUCCUAGGGCAGUGUGAGCUGCUGUGCCUGCAUCCUUGUUCUCUUCAGGUGGCCUCUGUGCCCUGCUUCUGCCAGAGAGCUUAAGGUUCUAACCCAGUAGGAAACCCAAGUGCCAAUAAUAAGGGACUCCCAGGCCCUGCUUUGCCCAGCCUUCCAUGUGUUCUGAGAUUGGUCAGAGUGGACCUGUGAGCAGAUUGGACUGCUCUCAGGAAAGGCUAUGCCAUGCUGGUUUUGAAACUUGCUUGACCCCAGAACACCCACCCUGGCUCCUUUUCAUCCCUGCUGCUAAAUGAUGGGGCACUGGGAAGUGGAGAGGAAAUGAGAAUAG